CCGUGACGUCACAGGAGCGGUGACGUGCUGGUCGCACCACACGUAAACAUAUUGGCUCCGCUGUAGCCUGUGUAUGUGAGCUAACUAGCCCCAUAAAACAUCCACGAAGAAGAAGAAGUCUCCUAGUGCGAGCCCCAUAGAUAUUUGUGGCUGCCUUCGUGUUAUCAUGAAUGCGUACCUGAAAACCUUCUUAGUGGCAUCAAUAGGUGUCGCCCUCGUGAGUGUGGCAAUACAAGUGGUCACCAUCCAAUACAGUUCAGAGAUAUCGAAAGUUUUACACGCGUAUCCCAGUCUGAAUAUGACUUCAGAGACUUUGAAGAGCGCUUUUCCCAUACAGAAGCUAUUGCUGUCCCUUAACAAGUACUUUCCGUCUAUCCGUAAUCUGCCAUUCCUUCAGCCUGUGCCCGAGUCUUCUGCAUCCACUAAGUCAAAAAAGGUGAAGGAAAAGCUCUUUACUUCGGAGCAACUGAAGAAGUUUGACGGGAAGGAUGAGAGCAAGGGGCCCUAUCUCUCCAUCCUGGGUCGUGUUUAUAAUGUGAGGAAGGGCAAGAAGCACUACGGCCCUGGUGGAGGAUACGAAUUCUUCUCAGGUCGGGAUGCAAGUCGAUCGUUUGUUAGUGGGGACUUCUCUGAGGCUGGCCUUGUUGAUGAUGUCUCAGGGCUAUCUGGAAGUGACUACAUUGGUCUGGAUGAGUGGGUGAAGUUCUAUGACUCAGACUACAAGUAUAUUGGAAAGUUGAUAGGCCGGUAUUAUGAUAAAAAUGGUGAACCAACACCCUUUUAUUAUGAGACACAGAAGUGGAUCUCAGAAGCCUAUGCCAAAAAGGAGAAGGAUAACGUGGAAAAGAAAAUUUUUCCUCCUUGCAACUCAGAAUGGAAUCCUGAAUCCGGAUCAAGACUUUGGUGCACAAAACGAAGUGGUGGCAUUGAGAGGGAUUGGGUUGGGGUGCCCAGGAAACUCUUCAUACCAGGCCAGAGCAAUUCAAGGUGUGCUUGUGUCAAGAAUUUUGGGCCUCCCUCCCAUGAUCCAAAAAGGGUCACCCACAAUGACAGAGGUGACCUAGACCACCCCAACUUACAGGAAUAUGCAAAUUGUGCCCCUCACCAGCCAGAGUGUUUUGUGAAGACUGACUAAAUGUUAUAGAACAAUGGAUCUAUGUGCUUAUACCAUCUGUUCACUCUAGCAUACAUUGAAAAUCAUGUAUUUGUAGGUUAUUCAUUCCAGUUCCACAUGGUAAAGUUUGUUUUUAUUAAUGCACCCAUAUCUUGUUUCCUACCUUAUGAACUAUUCUGCUUUUUCCAAGUAUGCUGUUUUACUAUCAUUGAAACAUCUUUGAAAACUGUAGGAAGUGGCUGAGGGACCAAAAAAACAGAGUGUUUAUUGAAGGAGUUAGACAUGGGUACGGUGAAUUCCUGAUAAAAAAGAAUAACAUACAAAAGUGAUGGACAUCAAAGUAAAAUGAUGAAUUCCUGAAAACAAUAAACAAAAGUGCUGGAAAGGAUAAUUCACAACACAACAAUUUUUUACUUUUUUUCUGCUGACCUAAGUUUGAGACCUGUUGGGUAAUUUGGGGUCACUGAGUUUAAAAAUGACAAUAGUCUUUUUUCUAUCAUGUCAAGUUUUUUUUACCUAUGGGCUGCAUAUUGGCCCCACCUAUAGCUAUAAGAGAUAUCAUAGGUAAUCUUAUAUGUUGAUAUUUAUUUUAUCUAUGUAUUUUGACAGUUAUUUAUCUAUCUAGGCACACACAAAUAUAUAAAUAUAUAUCUGUUAAAAGCGA